UAGGCAGCUGGGCGUUUCUAGACAAGAACUGCUGGUAGAGAGCAGGGGAGGGGACACCUUUCACUAAACAUGGAAGGGAAAAGAGAAGGCUAAGUUGUGCAUUGCAUGUCUAAAAUAUCCGCAUUUUAAAAGGAUUAACCUCCCUGCAAGGUUUCAUGUACUGUUGGGAACAAAACUGACGGACGGACCGACACCCUGCACUCUUGUUGGUUUCUCGUAUCUGGAUGAAAAAAAUAGCAAAACACAAUAGCAAAAGGAUUGUUGACUUGACUUUGCUGUGAGGAGGACGUUUAUAUCUAUAACAUAUUUUGAGCCCGUACACCGAUUGUUUCUAGAUUUGAAGCAUCCUCCUUCUACAGCAGAACCACAUGUACCACAGCCAAGCCGCAGCAUUUAAAAGCAUCUUUAUGGCUUUUACAUUCUGAUUCAUAAUUGAGCCUUUUAAGCCAUUACCACCUCCUAUAAGAGUUUAAGCCAAUCUGUUGCUACGGUAGGGUACAGUUGUCUCAUUAAUUAUCAACACAUCCUUUAUUAUAUUAUCGUAUCGCCCAACAAAAAGUGACAGUCGACCCUACGCUCCCAACUCCACAAGCUCAGGAUGGAAGAGCACAUUUACUCGGCUACAGGCAUGGCCGCCAGGCUGAGGAGCCAGUGGGAUCGCGAUGACGGUCUGGGACAAAACCACAACGCCGUGAAGUUCCUGGGUCAGGACUUUGGUUCUCUGAGAGGCCAGUGCAUCCAGAGUGGGAGGCUGUUUGAGGAUACUUUGUUCCCCUGUGCCUCAUCCUCUUUGGGAUUCAAUGAGCUCGGACCAAGAUCGUCCAAGACCCAAGGAGUGCGCUGGAUGAGGCCCACGGAGUUCUGUAAACGGCCCGAGUUCAUCGUAGACGGAGCGACCCGCACAGACAUCUGUCAGGGAGCUCUGGGGGACUGCUGGCUGCUGGCUGCCAUCGCCUCGCUGACCUUAAAUGACAACCUGCUGCACAGGGUGGUCCCUCACGGGCAAAAUUUUGGGCAGGGAUACGCCGGCAUCUUCCACUUCCAGUUCUGGCAGUUUGGAGAAUGGCUGGAGGUGGUGAUAGACGACCGGCUGCCAGUGAAGGAUGGGAAGCUGCUGUUUGUCCACUCAGCAGAGGGAACUGAGUUCUGGAGCGCUCUGCUGGAGAAGGCCUACGCAAAGCUGAACGGCUGUUACGAGGCUCUGUCAGGCGGCAGCACCUCAGAGGGCUUUGAGGACUUCACGGGAGGCGUGACUGAGAUGUUUGAGCUGAAGAAAGCCCCCUCUGACCUCUACAGCAUCAUCAGCAGGGCCAUAGAGAGGGGGUCACUGCUGGGCUGCUCCAUAGACAUCAGCGACUCCAAAGACAUGGAGGCUGUUACAUUCAAGAAGCUGGUGAAAGGACACGCCUACUCUGUGACCGGCGUGGACGAGGUGGUCUACAGAGGAAAUCUGACCAAGCUGGUCCGGAUCAGGAACCCGUGGGGAGAGGUGGAGUGGACUGGAGCCUGGAGCGACAGCUCCAGAGAGUGGGACAGCGUGGACCGCUCGGUCAGAAGUCGGUUACAAAACCGCAGCGAGGACGGUGAAUUCUGGAUGUCGUUCAGUGACUUCCUGCGAGAGUUUACCCGUCUGGAGCUCUGCAACCUGACAGCUGACGCCCUGCAGAACAGCCAGCUGAAGAAGUGGAGCUCCUCGCUCUAUCAGGGGGAGUGGAGGAGGGGCAGCACUGCCGGAGGCUGCAGGAACUUCCCAGCCACCUUUUGGCUGAACCCUCAGUUCAAGCUCAUCCUGCAGCACCCGGACACUCCUGGCCAAUCAGCCUGCAGCUUCCUGGUCGGCCUCAUGCAGAAGGACCGCAGGAAAAAACGGCGGGAGGGCAAAGACAUGGAAACCAUCGGGUUCGCUGUCUAUGAGGUUCCAAGAGAGUUUGUGGGCAGUUCAGGGGUCCACCUGAAGCGAGACUUCUUCCUGACGCACGCGUCCAGCGCUCGCUCUGAACUCUUCAUCAACCUGAGGGAGGUCAGCUCGAGGCUGCAGCUGCCGGCCGGAGAGUACGUCAUCGUCCCGUCCACGUUCGAGCCGCACAAAGAGGCCGACUUUGUCCUCAGGGUGUUCUCGGAGAAACCUGCCAACUCUGAAGAGCUUGACGAUGACAUAAAAGCAGAUCUUCCAGUAGAGACGGAGCUCGACGAGAGCCAGAUCGACGCGAGCUUCAAGAGUCUCUUCAGACAGCUGGCGGGGCCGGACAUGGAGAUCAGUAUUACUGAACUGCAGACCAUAUUGAACAGGAUCAUCGGCAAACAUAAAGACCUGAAGACCGACGGCUUCUCUAAAGAAGCUUGUCGCAGCAUGAUCAACCUCAUGGACACGGACGGCAGUGGGAAGCUCGGCCUGACGGAGUUUCAUGUUCUGUGGGAGAAGAUCAAACGGUAUCUGACCAUAUUCAGACAGUUUGACUUGGACAAAUCGGGCACCAUGAGCUCCUAUGAAAUGAGGAUGGCUCUUGAAUCUGCAGGUUUCAAGCUGACCAACCAACUGUUCCAGCUGAUCAUCCUGCGUUACACAGAGGCAGACAUGGCUGUGGAUUUUGAUAACUUUGUCACCUGUCUGGUCAGACUGGAGACUAUGUACAAAACCUUCAAGACAAUGGACACAGACAAUGACAAUCUUAUAUCACUCACCUUCUUUCAGUGGAUUACUCUGACCAUGUUUGCCUAAAGCUGAGUGGACUCUUCUGUAACUGUUGCACUGCAUCCCGCUGCAGCUCCAGGUCCCAGUAUUUUGUUGUUUUCAGAAGUGCCUUUCUCCUCCACCAGUUCUUCCUCUGAGGCCCUCUGAUGCUUACAGACUGUAAACUCAUCUGUACAGUGCCUAUACUGGAAACACGUCCUUUAUUUGUCACUGGGAGUGUACUUCUUGUAGCCUGGCAGUUCAUUUUGCGGUAGCCCCCGGCUGUUAGCUAGGCACACUAUUUUUAGUGGUACAAAUCAUUUUUGAAGGCGGAACAACUAUCAGAUUGAUAUAAACAUAUUGGUUAAAUUUCAGUGUGUGAAAACAACAAUGUCCCUUUUUUUUUUUUUUUUUGCAAUAUGAAGCUAGCUUUGUUGAAAAAAGACAUCCCUCCAUAACCCCCUCUGCUUAGCCUUAAGAAGCUAGCUUAGCUAAGAUAGGGUGACCAUAUUUUCAAAAUCGGAAGGCUUUAAUUUUAACCGCAAACCCUCAUGUAUUGACCUGCACUGGUGACACAAGAAGUAAGGGAUAACUUUACUGGGACUCUUUGGAAAACGCAGCAGGUCUUGUUAAUAUGAUUAGCUGGGCUAGCUAAGCAACAGCCUUGGGAACGACAUUGAUUUACAUAUAUGGAGACAAAUCAGUGUUACAAGCAUGGCGCAUUGUGGUGGUUGGUUAAAAUCUGGGCCAGGGACUGUUCAAAACUGGGACAUAUUAGUGUUUUAUAGAUAUUUGUGGGGAUUUGGGGCACAGGUUGAAAACGGGAUGGGCCCGCUGAAAUUGGGAAGUAUGGUCACCCUAAGCUAAGAGGUUUCAGAACACCAAACUCACAAAUUCACAAAAAAAUUGAAAGAUCACUUAGUUAGCCUAGCCAAGCUAAGCUAACUCAAGCUAACUCAUGUUGUAAACAAAUCCAAACGUUUAGUUCUUGACUUCCGUUCGUUCUUUGCCACCUUAAUCUUUCCACCAACUCUUUAAACGCAGCAUAUUCAGCAUCUAUGGAUGACCUUUACUUUGCCUAAGCAGCGCUGUUGCCUGUCUGACAUUUUCUGUUUACAUCUGAUACCAAACUUAGCUUUCUGAGCAACAAGGGUCCAUCAUAAAGUUUUUCCAGGCCCUAUACUGCUGAGACAAUGGUGAUGUGCUGUAACAUAUGAGAAUGUGUUUAUUCCUGUGUAGCUUUAAUACUUACAGAAGUUGCUUAUCUUAACGCAUGACACUUUCUACAGACUGUUUUUUUUUUUACUAAAUAUGAAAGAAAAAUUGAAUGAAAUUCUUUUUUUGAUCAUGGCUGGAACUGGAUGUCAAUGCUUUUUAAAUUUUUUUAAAAAGGGAUGAGUCAGCCUUUUUAAAGUUU